AUGAACAGCUUAUUAUCAUCGAUUUCAUCAUCAUCAUCAUCAUCAUCAUCAUCAGCAUCAGCAACAGUAUCAGCAUCAACAUCAUCGAUAACAUCAUCACAGGAUAAUUAUAUGCAAUGGAACAUCUUCAAACUUUAUGCUAAGCAGCAAAUGAGUACACCAGAUGAUCCCGUAAUUCAUAGUCCAGGAUCGAUGCGGAACGGUCCAACAACAACAACAUCAGCAGCAGCAGGAGUAGUCAUAUCAAAUUCCGGUGCAGAAGUUUUAUCGGGUGAAGGUUCAGUAACGACAGGUACGGGUACCGGUACUGGUAAUAUAUUAGUUGGUGGAGCAGGAGCAACGGUAACACCAGCUAAUUCAGCAGCAGUACGAUGUAAUGGUGGUUCCGGUAUUACAGUAACGGUGGCUCCGGGUACAUUGCCGGCAGUUGAUGCAGGCAAUCUUUUGCGAUUAUUGAAGGGAGGAUUGUCCGGUGUAGGUUUAAAUAUGAUGGAUGAGUUAACUAUGAAUACUGGUUCUGUACGUCAAAGUGCUUCAUCUAGUGGAUGCUGUUCGCCGAAUAUAGAAACUGGCACUGAUGAAGCUCGACGCCGUCAAAAAACUUGUCGUGUAUGUGGUGAUCAUGCAACGGGUUAUAAUUUCAAUGUUAUUACAUGCGAAUCGUGUAAAGCUUUCUUCAGAAGGAAUGCCCUAAGACCUAAGGAAUUUAAAUGUCCAUAUUCGGAUGACUGUGAUAUCAAUUCUGUAAGCCGUCGAUUUUGCCAGAAAUGCCGGCUACGGAAAUGUUUUGCUGUAGGUAUGAAAAAGGAAUGGAUUUUAAAUGAGGAGCAAUUAAGAAGGCGGAAAAAUUCACGUUUGAAUCAUAUGCAACAACAGCAGAAUCGUAAUACAAAUGCUAAUAGCAGUGGUGCGACUAAUGCAACAACACCCAUUACAAAUACAACUAGAAAAUUAUCAACGCCAAUUAAUAUUACUACCUCGAAUCAACCAAACAAUACUACUUCAUCAUCAAGUACACCACCAAAUAUGUUCAGUGCAGCUCAGAUGAUCCAUCGCAGGGAGUCAGAUUCGACGCUUGUCAGUCCAUCCGUUGUUCAUACGAUUCUAAGUCCUACUAAUUCGACUGUUUCACCCUCAGUGCUAUCUUCCUCAUCACCUGAUUCCCCAACACGCGGUACUCUUAUCGGUCUUCCUCAACUCGAUACCAGUAGUGAUGCCUAUGAAUCAAAUUUGAUGCGCUUACAACGGCAGCAAGCAGCUGCAGCUGCGGGUGCAGCCUAUGCAAAUUUACGACGGAAUGGCUGUGGUUCGGGGAUGUUACCACCGAAUUCAGCAUUGUCAUCAUUGGCCCGGGCUAAUGAUGCUUUUUCACCAAAAGGUCCAGAACCACACGUGACGAUGUCGAUGGAAGAGUAUCAAGCGUUGGUAAAAGCGGCUAAAGCAGGCGGUGCACUGGUACCACCAGUUCCAUCCUCUAGCUCAGAUCCAUGUUCUUCCCAAUCCAUUUCCAGUACUUUGGAUGAUAUCAAACGAAAUAUUUAUUCACCGAUUGAACAGGAAACAGUGAUGAACAUUGGAAACAGUCAUGGCAUCAUACGACCAUCACUGAUCCAAUGCACUCCAAUGACAGAUUAUACAGAACUGAGUGCAGCAACAUCUAAUUUACCACGAGCAACGUAUAAAUUAACUCCAGAUAUCGAAAAAAAAGUGAAGUGUAUGCACGAUACGAUACACGAUGAGCUCAUUGUUGAUUCAUCAAAAUUGUGCAUCGAACGUGAAACUUUGAAAGCUCUCAUUUUCUUUUUUUAUCAUAUCAAAUUGUGUAGCUUUAUUCUCGUUUAUUAUUAUCUAAUUAGCCUUUUUCUUCAGCAGGCAAUUUACCAUGAAAGUGACUCUCGAGUUAAUUAUCAGCUUAAUCCAGCCGAACUUCGCGCACUGGAUAUCGUUCGAGAUGCAUUUGCAUGCAUGAAUGAGCCAAUCGAAGAUUCACGGAAAGCGGCAUAUUUGAAGAAAGUUACUCAUGAUCCUACCGAUAUCCUUAAUAUCAUUGACAUCACGAUGCGAAGAUUGGUUAAAAUGGCAAAAAAACUACCGGCGUUCAACGAUUUGUCGCAAGAUGGAAAAUUUGCAUUGUUAAAAGGAGGAAUGGUGGAAAUGUUGACGAUGCGUGGUGUGACACGUUUCGAUAUGGAUCAAAAAUGUUGGCGAACACCAGUCGUUUCAGAUGAUAGUAAAAUAUCAUUGAAAAUGUUCGAUCAAUUGAAGGAGGGACUUCGUGAUCGUCAAAAAGAAGGAUUUUUGAAGUUAUUCAGAUUUUGUGAAUCGUUGCAUCCAGAUCUUAGAAAUAAUGAGCUUGCUAUUGAUUUAAUUGUUCUCAUUCUGCUGUUCGAUUCAAGUCGUGAUGCUCUUCUGGAUCCAGCUGAUCGCAUUACUGUUGUCCGGCACUGUCAAGAAUAUCAAGCUCUUUUGCACCGUUAUAUGGAAUCAGUAUAUGGUCAUGAAGCGCGUGCGCGUUACGAACGUCUUCCGGAAUCAUUGAGGAUCUUGAGAACAAUUAGCCAGAAUGCAGUCACCGUGUUCCUGGGACGUGUUGAUCCCGAUCAAUCCGAAGCACUUCCGAAAGAAUUCUUCAAAACUACUUAA